AUGUUAUUUGAAGAAGUAUCAUUUCUGAAGACUGACAUCCCUGAUCAUGUCCAAUCAGUCAAAUCGGAAUCCCAGUCUGUAGAAGAGUUUACUUUGGAGGCCAUGCAUGCCAUGCGGUGCCCCUACCUCAAGAAGAUCCCGACAUCAGUGAUCAAGCAGAAUGCCAAGUCUGUUUUAACCAAAGCAAGCUGUUGUCCAGUGAUGACACACGUGAUGAAGUAUGCGUCUUAUCUGACCGAAACAUCAGUAAAAGAAGCUGAAGCUGAUCCUUUUGAGAAAUGUCCUUUUGUUGGAAAUGACGACACCGCGAAGUCACCAGAAGCAGUGAUUUCAAUGGCGUCACGGCUCGCCGCGGCUGAUGAUUUCUGCGAUAGCAAUUCCCCACCUGUUCAGACAAAUCCUCAAACAGUAUUUAAAGCUGCUGACCAUACGAUAGCAUACGAACUUUCCAAGAUGGUUAAGAUGUCAGACCUUCCGACUGAAAGGGAAUUCUUCAACUACGCCAAUUUCUUUCGAAGUCAAAUAGAUAAGAAGAAGAGGGACAACACUUACCGUGUGUUCAAAAAGGUCAAACGCCAGGCUGAAAACUAUCCGUACGCGUCAGUGUACUCGGGUGAGGAGAAGAACGUCCAAAUCUGGUGCAGCAAUGAUUACAUGGGGAUGACAUUUCAUCCUCGGGUCCAAAAUGCAAUAAUUAGGGCAGUGAAGGAACAGGGUGUUGGAACGGGUGGAACCCGAUCCAUCUCUGGCAACACAAUCUACCACGUGGAACUGGAAAGCGAGUUGGCAAACUUGCACAAGAAGGGCGCGGCGUUGCUGUUCACUUCCUGUUUUGUCGCCAAUGAUUCAACCCUCAUGACUCUGGGCAAAAGCAUUCCGGGAUGUCAGAUCUUCUCCGAUGCGGGUAACCACGCCUCAAUGAUCCAAGGGAUAAAAAAUAGCGGUGUUCCCAAGCAUAUCUUCCGUCACAACGAUGCAGAGCAUCUCGAAGAACUGCUGCGGAAAGUGGAUGUGGCCAUCCCCAAGGUUGUGGCGUUUGAGACUGUUCAUUCCAUGUCAGGUGAUGUAUGUCCCCUUAAGGAGCUCUGCGAGGUGGCUCACAGGUACGGUGCCCUGACAUUCGUGGAUGAAGUUCAUGCAGUCGGGUUGUACGGCGAGACAGGUGCCGGGAUUGCCGAACGAGAUGGCUUGAUGGAUGAAAUUGACAUUGUCUCUGGAACUCUUGGCAAGGCGUAUGGAAACUCCGGAGGCUACAUCGCCGGUACGACCGAGUUCAUUGAUACAAUGAGGAGUUACGCUGCUGGAUUUAUCUUCACGACGGCUCUGCCCCCGACCAAUGUGGCUGGUGCUUUGGAAGCUGUCCGGGUGCUUAGUGGCAAUGAGGGAAGAAUGUUGCGUCAGCGCCAUCAGACGAAUGUCCGGUAUUUGCGCCAGAAAAUGGUGGAGGCAGGGCUCCCCGUUCUGCCCGCUCCUAGCCAUAUUAUUCCGAUUAAGGUGCACGAUGCCGUGCUUGCCGCACAGUUAUCAAACGAUCUAAUGGAGAAGACAGGCCACUACAUCCAGGCCAUCAACUACCCCACCGUGCCCAAGGGAAAGGAAGUGCUCCGAUUGACACCCUCACCACAUCAUACAACUGAGCAAAUGAACGGCCUCGUGAAAGACCUCGUACACGUGUUCAAGAUCAAUGGAGUCACGAUAGAAACACCAUCAUCAGAUCCGGACUGCGUUUACUGCAAUAUGCCUACGGAAUUUGACAUUCUCAAAGAAAUGGGAGAGAACGUUGAACUGCCACUUUCAGCAGCUAGUGAGCUAUAAAUCCUCCAAGAACGCUGUCUUGGCAUGCGCAGUUUGCUUGGAGGAACCCACGAUCUUCCAAACGUUGUUCCAGUGACACUGAAAAGAGGCACCUUCAGGCCUAAAAGGACCAUUUGCAUUAAUAAGGGCAAUAUAACCCCACCUGUCGG